AGCUUAACCCUUCCCCAGCUGGCCAAUAGCCUGGAGGUCAAGGAGCUGGGCAACCUGCUGUGUCCUCUUCCCUGCUGGCUCUCCUUUUCCUCUGCUUCCUCCUAUUUCUCCUCCUCCUUGUCGUGUCGUAGGUGCCGGCGAAGGGUGCAGGGCCUGGCCAGCGCUGGGGAAGGACUCCAGGGGUCCAGGCCCACAGCUCCUGCACGCUCCCCGAUGGUGCCACCCCCCAUUGCCAGCUCUGCCCCUGCAGCAGCGGCGCCGGGCCGUGGUGCUCCUGCCAGGCUGAGGGGCGGGUGGGUGGAAAGCUCAUCCCAGGGCGUGUCACCGCCCUGAACCCCAUGGCCAUUUAAUCCUUCACCCAUUAACUUGGACUAAUAAACCUCGUGCGAGCGAGAGGCUAAAAGCCGUGCUUGCACCAGCGCCGUCUCUGCCAGUGCCGCUCCUGCUGCCCACCAUGGCAGGUGGCUUCUUCAUCAGCAAGACCGUGGGCAUCGUGGCCAUCGUGCUGGGCCUGGGGGCUGUGGCCACCAUCAUUGCACUCUCGGUGGUGUACGCCCAGGAAAAGAACAAGGGCAUAUCAGAUGUGGGCACCAGCACCACGGCCAGCCCUGGCACCAGCACCAGCACCACGGCCAGCCCUGGCACCAACACCAGCACCAGCACCAGCACCAGCACCAGCACCACCACCCCUGCCCCCAACAACCCCUGGAACCAGUGGAGGUUGCCGGCCACGCUGAAGCCAGAGUUCUAUGAGGUGUCCCUGCAGCCCUUCCUGAAGCCUGAUGCCAACAACAUGUACAUCUUCAAGGGGAACAGCAGUGUGGUGUUCCUGUGUGAGGAAGCCACCGACCUCAUCCUCAUCCACAGCAAGAACCUGAACUACACCAUGCAGGGCACAUUCCAUGCCACCCUGCAGGCAGAGGAUGGUGGCACACUCCCUGCCAUCUCCCGCACCUGGCUGGAGACUCCCACCCAGUACCUGGUGCUGCAGCUGGGCGCUCCCCUGCAGCAGGGCAAGCGGUACCGGCUGUCCAGCAGCUUCACCGGGGAGCUGGCCGAUGACCUGGCUGGCUUCUAUCGCAGCGAAUACACGGAUGCCUCGGGCAACAAGCAGGUGGUGGCCACCACACAGAUGCAGGCGGCUGACGCACGCAAGGCUUUCCCCUGCUUCGACGAGCCGGCCAUGAAAGCCAACUUCACAGUGACACUGAUCUACCCCUCUGGCUAUAAGGCCAUUUCCAACAUGCCUGACGAAAACACCACGCAGCAGGAGAUUGGUGGAGAAAUCUGGAGCGUCACCAAGUUUUACACCACUCCCCGGAUGUCCACAUACCUUCUGGCCUUCAUUGUCAGCCAGUUCGAACCCGUGGAGAAUAACACGGGGAAGACACUGAUUCGCAUCUGGGGCCGCCCCGAAGCCAUCAAAGAGGGCCAGGGCACCUACGCUCUCAAAGUCACUGGUCCCAUCCUCAACUUCUUUGAGAAGCAUUACAACACGGCCUACCCGCUCCCCAAGUCUGACCAGGUUGGCCUCCCCGAUUUCAAUGCGGGUGCCAUGGAGAACUGGGGGCUGGUGACCUACCGGGAGAACUCGCUGCUCUUCGAUGCUGAGUACUCCUCCAUCGGCAACAAGGAGCGGGUGGUGACCGUCAUCGCCCACGAGCUGGCACACCAGUGGUUUGGGAAUUUGGUGACGCUGCGGUGGUGGAACGACCUGUGGCUGAACGAGGGCUUCGCCUCGUACGUGGAGUACCUGGGUGCCGACUCUGCUGAGCCCGACUGGAACAUUAAAGACCUGAUGGUGCUGAACGAGCUGCAUACCGUGAUGGCCACCGACGCCCUGGCCAGCUCCCACCCGCUCUCCUUCCGCGAGGAGGAGAUCAACACCCCAGCCCAGAUCAGCGAAGUCUUCGACAGCAUCGCCUACAGCAAGGGAGCAUCGGUGCUGCGGAUGCUCUCGAGCUUCCUUAGCGAGGACAUCUUCAAGGAGGGGUUGCAGUCCUACCUCCACACCUUCUCCUACAGCAACACCAUCUACUCUGACCUCUGGGUCCAUCUGCAGCAGGCGGUGGACAAGAACAAGGUCCAGCUGCCUGACAGUAUCAGCAACAUCAUGGACCGCUGGACGCUGCAGAUGGGCUUCCCUGUGGUCACUGUCGACACCCGCAGCGGCGCCGUCCGCCAGGCCCAUUUCCUGCUGGACCCCACAUCUUCUGUGGACAGACCCUCUGUCUUCAACUACACCUGGAUCGUCCCCAUCACCUGGAUGACAGGCAGUGGCCGCAGGAACGACACCUGGCUGACCAAAGUCACAGACACCAACAACGACUUCAGGCUCACCAGCCCCGACUGGCUCCUGCUGAACCUCAAUGUCACCGGGUACUUCCGUGUCAAUUACAACCAGGAGAACUGGAAUCAGCUCGUCCAGCAGCUUGACACUAACCACUCGGUCUUCCCUGUGAUCAACCGUGCCCAGAUCAUUGAUGACGCCUUUAACCUGGCCAGGGCCAAGUACGUGGAUGUGACCUUGGCUCUGAACACGACACGGUUCCUGAGCCGGGAGACGGAAUACAUGCCCUGGCAGGCAGCACUCACCAACCUCAAGUACUUCAAGCUGAUGUUUGACCGCAGCGAGGUCUUUGGGGCCAUGUCGGCAUACAUGAAAAAGCAGGUGACCCCUCUCUUUGAGCACUACAAGAAACUCACCAAUAACUGGAGCACUCGCCUCAAUGAUAGCUUGCUGAUGGUCCAGUACAACGAGGCCAAUGCCAUCAGCACCGCCUGCUCCUACGGUGUCACCGAUUGCCAGCAUUUGGCUGCCAACUACUUGAGCCAGUGGCAGAACAGCACCAGCAGCCCCAACCCGGUCCCCCCGAACCUGCGCUCGGCCAUCUACUGCAGCAUGGUGGCCACGGGCGGGGAUGAUGCCUGGCAGUUCCUCUGGAAGAAGUUCCAGGAGGCCCGUGUGGUGUCUGAGGCCGACAAGCUCCGCACAGCCCUCGCCUGCAGCCCCGACCCCUGGAUCCUCAGCCGGUACCUGCAGUACACCCUCGACCCUACCAAGAUCCGGAAGCAGGAUGCCACCUCCACCAUCAACAGCAUUGCCAGCAACGUCGUGGGGCAGUCCCUGGCCUGGGACUUCAUCCGUGCCAACUGGAGGACGCUCUUCACCCAGUAUGGCGGCGGCUCCUUCUCCUUCUCCCGCCUGAUUUUAUCUGUGACCCAGCGCUUCUCCACAGAGUUUGAGCUGCAACAGCUGGAGCAGUUCAAGGAGGACAACCAGGACAUCGGGUUCGGGUCGGGGACGCGGGCGCUGGAGCAGGCGCUGGAGCAGACCCGCGCUAACAUCAAGUGGGUGGAGGAGAACAAGGCCGCGGUGCAGAGCUGGUUUGAGAGCGAGACCCGGACCAAAUAAGAGGCGCCUGUGAUUCCCUGGCCUCCAGGACGGACCCUCGGCCACUCCAGCCCCCGCACUGCCAGGAAUGGGCUGACGCCUGCAUGAUGGGCACGGGGAACUCGGGGUCUGGCCAAGGGGAGGCCAGGCUGAUGCGCUCUGGGCAGUAAAUAAAAACUUGCCCAGUUUCCAGGGCA